CAAUCUCUUCUCAUUUUUUGUGUCCCCAAUCAGCAGCAAUGGUAGAAUUGGUUGAAAGUGAGUUUGAAGGGUGAGCCAUACAUGCUGGACAAUCCUGGACUCUUCAGAAGCCAUGGUUUCCUCAGGGGAGCCACCACUAGAGAGAAGAGACGCAAACUGUUAUGAUUCACUGGCUGCCUAGUUAAAGGACACUGGGAAACUGGGAACAUGAAGUUUUGUUUGAAGAGAACAAUAUUUUGAGGCUGAAAUAUUUUCUCAUUUUGGGACUAUCACCUCAUCAGACCUGCCAAAAAUUUCCAGCUUUUGUUGUGCUUGCAGGUACAAAGUGACCAUUCAGAUGUCUUGACCAGCACACAAGGAGACUGAAACACAGCAUGCAGUACACAAGCAAAAUGUCCAUCCAAGCAGACCACAAAUCAAGAACUACACACACCUGGCAAGUGUUGGCCAUCUACAUGGCCUUAUCUGCAAGCCUCUCCGAGCAACAAGCACUGAAGCAGACUUGUCCUUCAUGCGAUGCCACUCAGCUUUGCAACUGCUCCUCCAUGAGCUUGGAAUUCAUUCCCCCUGGGCUCACAGCCAAAAUCACAGGGUUAAACCUGGCUCACAACAGGAUAAAGCACAUCCAAUCCCAGGACCUGAAGCAGGCUGUGAACCUGAGAGCCCUGCUGCUGCAGUCCAACGAAAUCAGCUCCAUAGAUGAGGACUCCUUUCAGUCCCUGGGAAAACUGGAGCUCUUGGACUUAUCAAAUAACAGCUUGGCUCACUUGUCCCCUGUGUGGUUUGGGCACCUUUUUUCACUCCAGCACCUCCAUCUUCAAGGCAAUUCCUACAGAGACCUGGGGCAGAGCGCCCCCUUUUCUAGGCUGAGGAACCUGAGCUCUCUCCACCUGGGCAACCCGCAGUUCUCUGUGAUAAGGCAAGGGAACUUUGAGGGCAUUGAGUUUCUGCACAAACUGUGGAUUGAUGGUAGCAAUCUCAGUCAGUAUGAGCAGGGAAGUUUGAAAUCAAUUAAGCAGAUUAAUCACAUGAUCAUAAACCUAAGAAAUAGUAAUAUAUUCUCAGAAAUUUUUAGGGACCUUGUGUACUCUGUCACUUGGCUGGAAGUGGCAGAAAUCAAAUUACGGGUUGAAAAAAAAAGCUUGGUGCAGAAUUCUACACGUCCUUUUAGGAUGCAAAAACUCACAUUUAAAGAAGCUUUAUGCACAGAUCAAACUAUCAGCCAAACAAUAGUGUCACUGAAGGAAAUCACCUCUUUAAAAGAGUUACAGGCAAUCAACUGUGUGCUUGAGGGGAGGGGAAGAUGGAACACAAAAGAAAUUGCAAGGAGUGGACAAAGUUUUGUUGAAACCAUAACGAUAAUAAAGGCAGUGAUUCAGAAUUUUCAUUUGUUUUUUGACCUGGAGGGCAUGGAGUCACAAAUAAACAAACUAAAAAGACUCACUAUUACAAGCUCUAAUGUUUUCAUGGUACCAUGCCAACUUGCAAGAAAUUUUUCAUCACUUCUGUAUCUGGUUCAGGAAAAUUUGCUUGUAAAUAAUCGUUUAAAUGAGACAAUCUGUGAACAUUCCUGGCCUUCAUUGCAAACUUUAAAUUUAAGUCAGAACUCUUUAAAAUCUCUGGAGCUGACUGCAGUGUAUGUAUCUCGACUACCCGAAUUGAUUAAUCUUGACAUUAGCCAAAAUAACUUUGGUGAGAUUCCAGAGGAGUGUACAUGGCCAAAACACCUGAAAUAUUUAAACCUGUCAGGCACUCACAUUCCUAAAGUAACACGCUGCAUUCCUCAAUCACUAGAAGUGUUGGAUGUCAGUGGAAACAACCUGAAGGAGUUUGGACUGGAGCUCCUGUCUCUGAAGGAGCUGUACCUCACAAGAAACCAGCUGAAGACGCUGCCGGGUGCUUCACCCAUUCCAAACUUGGUGUCCUUGUCCGUCAGAAGAAACAAGCUGAACAGUUUCUCCAAGGAGGAGUUUGAGUCCUUCAGGAGAAUGGAGCUGCUGGAUGCCAGUGACAACAACUUCAUCUGCUCCUGUGAGUUCCUCUCCUUCGUCCACCACGAGGCCGGGCUGGCCCAGGUGCUGGUGGGGUGGCCGGACAGGUACGUGUGUGACUCUCCGCUGGCGGUGAGAGGGGCGCAGGUUGGCGCUGUGCGCCUCUCCCUGAUGGAGUGCCACAGGUCCCUGGUGGUGUCGUUGAUCUGCGUCCUGGUGUUCCUGGUCGUCCUGCUGCUGGUGGCCGUCGGCUACAAGUACCACGUGGUGUGGUACCUGCGGAUGACGUGGGCGUGGCUGCAGGCCAAGCGGAAGCCCAAGCGCGCCCCGCCGAAGGACGUCUGCUACGACGCCUUUGUCUCCUACAGCGAGAACGACUCCGAGUGGGUGGAGAACACCAUGGUGCGGGAGCUGGAGCAGGCCUGCCCUCCCUUCCGCCUCUGCCUGCACAAGCGGGACUUUGUGCCGGGGAAGUGGAUCGUGGACAACAUCAUCGACUCCAUUGAGAAGAGCCGCAAAACGCUCUUUGUGCUGUCCGAGCACUUUGUGCGGAGCGAGUGGUGCAAGUACGAGCUGGACUUCUCGCAUUUCCGCCUCUUUGAUGAGAACAACGAUGCAGCGAUUCUCAUCCUCCUGGAGCCCAUCCAGAGCAAAGCCAUUCCCAAGAGGUUCUGCAAGCUGCGGAAGAUCAUGAACACAAAGACCUACCUGGAGUGGCCUGCUGGUGAACAGCAGCAGCAGGUGUUUUGGGAAAACUUGAAAGGAGCCUUGAAGUCAUAAAAGUCAGCAGUCCCCAUUUCAACCUAUUUCCACAAAAGGCAGUAUAUCCCUGUUUCUUGCUGCUAAAAUUCUUUUCGUAUUUUUCUUUUUAACUGCAACUGGCUUUGUUUUAUGUAGAGAUAAUUGUCAUUUUACCAACUGGAAAAGGCCUGUUUUAGCCUUUCCAUUGAUUUGAUGCUCUGGUCUUUAAAAGUCCCUGCAAAUAACCAUGAUAUUUGGAAGCCAUGUUGGACUCCAUAUACUUUUCUAAGUACAUUUUGCUGACUGUGGGGUAUUUCUGUACUUUUUACUCCUGUUACCACUC